ACACAGGAGGACAGUGUGUCUAUGUGAUGCUCUUAGUUUGAUGUGAAAUUACGAAGGACGCGGCUCGGAGCGCUUUAUUUUGGACCGCAACCUCGUCGAUUCAGCUUUUAAUCUUCCUUAAGUUUCUUAAAUUUUUGUUUCUGUCUCAUAAGAUCCAUUUUCCCUUAAUCAGCCAGCUUUCAGCUACUUCCCCCACCUACAUCGUCCCCGGUCUGACACUUCCUCCGUCGUGGCGGCAGGUUGUUMGGGGCUCUCUAUGGCUGAAUAAGUGGUAAAACAGGGGGGUUACUUUGGUGGUUUUGCACAGGACUGGGACAAACAGCUGGAGGAGGAUGGCGCUGGCUCUGGAAGAAGUGUGGGGCCGAGUGAAGAAUGUCUGCAAGCAGAACGGACUGCUCAUCCUGUCGGUGCUGGCCGUGGUCAUCGGCUGYCUGCUGGGCUUCUUCCUCAGAGGCAAGCAGCUCUCCGAGCAGGUUUCCUGGAGAGCUCCUGAUGAGGAUGCUGAAGAUGCUGAUUCUUCCUCUCAUCACCUCCAGUUUGAUGUCGGGCCUGUCGUCGAUGGAGUCCAAAGCGUGCUGCAGGAUGGGUGUCCUGACCGUCACCUACUACCUGUGGACCACCUUCAUAGCUGUGGUGGUCGGCAUCAUGCUGGUCCUCAUCAUCAAACCUGGCGUGGGGACGGAGAUGGACAGCAACCGGCUGGGCGGUGGACCCGUCAUGACAUCGGCAGAUGCCCUGCUUGACUUGAUCAGAAACAUGGUUCCCUCCAACCUGAUUGAAGCCACCUUUCAGCAGUACAAAACGGACCUGAUCCCAAUCCUCAGGGUUCCAACCAAAACCAUCCUGCCCAACUUCGUCUAUGUUGUCCCUGAUGAGAACGACCCCAAAGGUCAAACGGUGUACCUGGAGCUGACUCCGCCCCCUGACGUCAUCUACAAGACGAGUCCCGGCAGCAGUCAGCAGAUGAACGUCCUCGGCAUCGUCAUCUUCUCUGCCACCAUGGGCCUUCUCCUGGGCCGGAUGGGAGAACGUGGAGCUCCUCUGGUUAAUGUGUGUCAGUGCAUCAACGAGUGUGUGAUGAAGAUCAUCAACGCUGCCGUGUGGUACUUCCCGUUCGGGAUCAUCUUCUUGGUGGCGGGGAAGAUCUUGGACAUGCAGGACCCGAGCACGCUUGGGAAGAAGCUGGGUUGGUACGGAGUGACCGUGCUCACUGGCCUCUUUGUUCACGGCCUCAUCCUCCUUCCGUUGUUCUACCUCAUCUUGACCAGGAAGAACCCCUUCAGAUACAUCCGUGGGCUGCUGCAGGCCAUGGUCAUCGCCCUGGCCACCUCCUCCAGCUCGGCCACGCUGCCCAUCACCAUGAAGUGCUUGUUGGAGAACUGCCACGUGGACCGUCAGAUCGCCCGCUUCGUUCUGCCUGUCGGAGCCACCAUCAACAUGGACGGCACGGCGCUGUACGAGGCGGUGGCGGCCAUAUUUAUCGCUCAGGUUAAUGACUAUGAGCUGGACUUUGGUCAGCUGGUCACCAUCAGGUAACAGUUUGUUUACAGCUUUUUCGUUUAGUUCAGGAGAAUACUUCAUUUAAUGUUUUUAAUUUAUUACCUGCUACUAAAAUGAUCGCAUGGCAUCAAAAUCCACCCAGUUCAUAAGAUAUUUUGCUAACAGACUUGUUGGCAGCAGGUGAUGAACAUUCUUCUACAGGAUCGGUGAUAAACUCAGCAGAAUUUAAAUUGUCUUGUUGUUUUUUCAGACCUGAGUCAGUUGGGUUUUUUUUUACAGGGAUGCACGAUAUAUCAGUAUUAAUAUUGGUAUCGGUCCGAUAUGUAAAACUGGGUCCGUGUACAUUCAGGCAGUUCAUUUUGUCAUUUGAAACAAAAAAUGAAAAAAGCACUUGGU